GGGGCACUUUCGUUCCUUAUAAACAGGGCGUAAUAUAUACAAGCCAUAAGCGCUAUGAUUGUGCUAUAACACAAGCUGGCCUGGCCUAGCUCCUUAUGACACCCAAUUGCCUUAAUUAUUUAUACUACCUACUUGGGUCGGACAACAGGCAGAAAACAUACAAAGACUUUAUCGAAUUUCGCCAGCGAGACAAUCCAUGUGUUGGAGCGCUCUCGGCGUUUCUUGAGUCUUAUCGCCUUCCGACGGAAACAUGCCGAAUGUACUCUCUUGACUGCACUUUCAUAGGGGGAAAAGAUCAUCUCUCUCCUUAUCAAGAACUUCAGUACUACGAAAUCCCGUCUGCUCUUGCGCCCCCGCCCACUCGUCGUGGUCGUAUCGUGAUCGUCGAGGACUUGCAUCCAUCCGUUCUCGAACUUCUUGGGACUACGUUGGAUAUAGACCCUAUAUUCUUUGCUUAGUAUAUUCUGACGAGCUACAACGAUAUCGAGCUAUCGCCGGCACUUCCUUCCAUAGCGUUGACCCCAUCUCACAUAUUAUCCCAGACAGAUUCAUUUCACAUACACUAUCAACAGAUUGUAGAUCUUACCUGCAAUGGCCCACUUCAAAGCGCCCCUUGGGUUCUCAAGACAUCUGGCAAUGUGUCUCGCUCUGUUAGACGCUUAUUGGAGCUACGUGGAAAGCAGCUAGCAAUUGUA